AUGAAAAGCAUAUUACCGAAAAUUUUAAAUAAUUUCCACAAAGAAUAAAACGGUUGCCUUGCAAUAAUUGGCGGCUGUCUAGAAUAUUCAGGUUCUCCAUAUUAUUCUGCGCUUUCACAAUUAAAAGGCGGAGCUGAUUAAGCUCAUAUAUUUUGUACAAAGUAAGCCGCAAUUCCUAUAAAAUCGUAUUCUCCAGAAAUAAUAACUCACCCAUAUUUACAUGCAUUAAACGAGCAGGAAGAAACCGAUAUUUUUUAUUAAAAAAAGUUAAAAGAAACAGUAAAUAAAAUAACUCAACAUUAAGAGAAUUUGGAUAGCUUUGUAAUUGGCCCUGGAUUAGGCAGGGAUUAAUGGAUAAGCGAAUAUUUAGGCGAGAUAAUCGAAAAUAUAAAAAAAUAGUAAAUAAUAGUACUUGAUGCGGAUGGAAUAUGGUAUUUAAUCCAAGAAUAUAAUAAAUUUGGAUUAGAAAGUAAAAUUUUUAAAACUGUAGUCUAAAAGGAUUCUUAAUAUCAUAUUUUAACACCCAAUUAAGUUGAAUUUUAGAGACUUUGGAAGUGUUUUGUUAAUAGUAAUUGUUUAGAAAUUGAAAAUAAAUAAAGGAAUUAAUUAAUGGAAGACUAUGUUUAAGGAUAUAAUUAUUUUAAUAAAAAAAUACUCGAUUAUGUAUAAAUUUAUGACUUUGAGAAUCCUAUUGUUAAAGAUGCAGUUAUUUUGGCUUAAAAGUUAAAUAAUAUUAAUAUUAUACACAAAGGAAUUAUUGACGUUGUAACAAACGGAAAAGAGGCAUAUUUAACACUUUAAAAGUCAAGUCAUAAAAGAUGCGGGGGUAUAGGAGAUAUUUUAAGUGGAUUAGUGGGAGUUUAUUGCUGUUGGGCGUAAAAAUAGGCCAAAAAAUAACCACAUUUGAACGAAGAAAAUAUGAUUAUUUUAGGAUGUAUUUUUAGUAGUUGUUUAACUAGAAAAGCUAGCAGUUAUGCAUAUUAGAAAUAUAAUAUUAGUCUUACUGCACCUAAUAUUAUUGAGUUUAUAGGAAAAUGCUUCACUGAAUCGUAUAAUUUAUACUAGAAAGAGGAUUAAAAUUAAUGA